GAUCCACUGUGUCCGCGCUUGCUUGUUGUAAGCCAAAGCCCACAUCCACUCCUAGGAUCCCUUUUGUCCGCCUUUUUGCAGCUUGGAUAGUGGUAGUGCUGUGACCAUGCCAGUAAAAGCGUCCACAUUUCUCGACUAUAAAGCCGGGUCUAUUCAUGAUGGUACAUACUAUCAACGUCUCACAAGCUCAGUGCGACUCCUGUAUAUUUCCUGUAUCCAUCAUCGUCUCUCUUACGCCGUCCAACCACCAUGAUUCCUCCAUUUUCCAUCCCAAUAUACGAAUCGCCCGCCUACGUUCUCUCUGGUCUCACCUUUCCGCAGCUGCCGCUGGACACCCAGCAUUACUUGCUAGACACAGCAAAACUAGUGCCCCCUCACGCGCCCCACUUGAACACCAUCGAGCGGGAAUACAGAGUUAUAUGCAAUGCUCUCGUUAGCAGCCUCGUAGAGAAUAAUAAAGCCCUCGUGGCAUCGCGGCUUGAGGCCCUCGUCAUGGCCUAUGAUUUUCAAAGGGAGAACCCGCCUCAGCCCAGUGCAGAAUGGCACGAAACAAUGCAGGAAAGGCGCCUUCGCACAGUCUUUGAUGUCCUGCUGCCAGAGCGAGAGCUAAUCUUCAACGCAUUCAUGAUCAAGUUUGACGCGCUCGUCUGGCUUGAUCAAGAAAGAUACGAGGAUUACACUCCUGAGGAUUGGCAGCGGUACAGGGACGCGCUGCUGGAACCUAUUCUUGACUAUACAAACAGACAACUUGUCGUGCUGGAGGAGCGCGUCGUAAACCGCUCCGAGUCUCAUGGAUCUCACAGUCUGGCGCUUCCCAACCCACCAUACUCACUGGUCAGUUCAUACCGCCAAAACACAACCCGCGCACGCUCAAGGAUAUUCGCAACCCGUAGACCCGACUCCAGAGGGGUUUGGUCCAGGGGUCGGAGGUUAAACCGGCAUUCAUAAAGGACUUGGAUCUUACUGGACACAAAUCGAACAAUUCAUUAUCAUUAUGCAACGAAGCACAUGUACAAUCAUUAACGCUGUUACAUACAAACAUACUCCUAUGUACUUGAUUACACUAGGAUGAUGUCUGUACAGCAUUACAAUCGUUAUCUCUCCAGUGGUGUGGAGUACCAUGCCGUGUCCGUAACCUCAAGUGGAAAAUACAACUGCCACC